AUGAUGACCACACCCUUCGGAUAAAGGCUGGAGUUAAAGUGAAGCGGAGUAGUCUGCAAUUCAGCACCUCACUCCCGGAUUCAAGUUCACACCUCGCUUCCCUCUUGAUAAUGGCUUUUCACAAGGCUUUCGAGAAUGCUGGCAAAAAGCCUGGGCUGACCGUGUGGAGGAUUGAGAAACUGAAUCCUGUCCUCGUUCCUGAAAAUCUCCAUGGGAGUUUUUACACGGGCGAUGCCUACAUUGUACUCUAUACAACUCCAGAUUUUAACUAUCAUGCCCAUCUCUGGUUAGGAAAAGAGUGCAGUCAAGAUGAAUCUGGAUCUGGUGCCAUGUUUUGUACUCAACUGGAUGACCGUUUCGGUGGUAAACCUAAACAGUAUAGAGAUGUACAAGGCAGUGAGUCCAACACGUUCCUGGGCUAUUUUAAAAAUGGACUUGUAUACAAGGAAGGAGGGGUUGCAUCUGGAUUUGCACAUGUAGUUACCAAUGAUAUCAAUGUCAAGAGACUGUUACAUGUUAAGGGCAGGCGCAAUGUGAGAGCCCGUGAAGUACCUUUCAAUUGGUCCAGCUUUAACAAUGGAGAUUGCUUCAUCAUUGAUGCAGGGGCGAUGAUCUAUCAGUGGAAUGGAUCAAAGAGCAACUUUCAAGAGCGAAUAAAGUGCUGUCAGCUUGCGAAAAGUAUCCGCGAUGGAGAGAGGAUGGGCCGUGCCAACAUUGAAUCAGUGGAUGAAGGAUGUGAGCCAUCACAUGUUAUUGAGUUACUGGGUACCAAGCCACCCAUUCCAGAUGCAACUGUUGAGGAUGUGAAAGCAGAUAAAGCCAGCAAGACAAAAGCCAAACUCUACAUGAUUUCAGAUGCUAGUGGACAGUUGACUCUAACAGAGGUGGCUGCUGAGAAUCCGUUUUCCAUGGCUACACUUUCUACCAAGGAAUGUUAUAUUCUUGACAAUGGGCCAAAUGGCCACAUAUUUCUGUGGAAAGGAAAGGAGGCCAGUAAGACGGAACGAAAGGUCGGAUUAGAAACAUGCGAGUUCUUCAUAAACCAAAAAGGAUACUCCAAGAGUACUCAGAUAGAGGUACUGCCAGAAAACGGUGAGACACCACUGUUCACCCAGUUCUUUUCGGACUGGAAGGUUAAAGACCAAAGCGAAGGGUUUGGGAAAGUGUACACCAUUGGUUCUCAUGCAAAGAUCAAAUCCGUUCCCUUUGAUGUCACAAAACUUCACAGCUCACCUGCCAUGGCUGCACAGUACAACAUGGUGGACGACGGAUCCGGCAAAGUCCAGAUUUGGCGGAUUGAAGAGUUCACGAAACAGCCUGUUGACCCUUCGUCCUAUGGUCAGUUCUAUGGUGAAGACUGUUACAUUAUUCUGUACACUUACAAAUCAGGUGGAAGUGACAAGCACAUCAUUUACACUUGGCAAGGCCUGAAAGCAACAAAAGAUGAGCUGGGAGCGUCAGCGUACCUCACAUUUCAACUUGAUAAAGAGAUGCACGACCUGCCUGUUCAGGUACGGGUGACACAAGGUCAGGAGCCUCCUCACCUGAUGAGCCUGUUCAAGGAUAGGCCAAUCAUCGUAUACCUUGGAGGGACCUCCAGGAAGGGUGGUCAGAGUACUCCUGCACCAAUUCGACUUUUCCAUAUUAGGAAAAGCGUAACAGGGGCAACUAGAGCCGUUGAGGUGGUUGCUGAAGCAAGGUCCCUGAACAGCAAUGACACAUUUGUGCUGAAGGAAGCACAAAAGACCUACAUUUGGAAAGGCAUGGGUGCAAGUGAUGCUGAAUUAAAGACUGCAAAGUACGUGGUCAGCGUACUGGGAGGAAGUGCAACAGAGAUUAAAGAGGGAAGUGAACCAGAAAGCUUCUGGAAGGCUCUCGGCGGAAAGCAGCCAUACCAGAGUUCCAAAGGCCUCAAAGAAGAAAUGCCUCAACACCCAAUUCGUUUAUUUGGUUGUUCAAACAAAACAGGAACAUUUAUUAUAGAGGAAGUUCCAGGUGACUUUACACAGGCUGAUUUAGCAGUCGAUGAUGUGAUGAUGUUAGAUGCCUGGAAUAAGAUCUUCCUUUGGUUUGGCAGUUCAGCAUGUGAGAUGGAGAAGACAGAGUCAGUUAAAUAUGCAAAAGAAUACUUGGAAUCUGAUCCAUCUAAAAGAGACUCAGGAACAACCAUUAUCAUUGUCAAACAAGGACAGGAACCUCCAACAUUCACAGGCUGGUUCUUAGCUUGGGAUACCAAAAUGUGGGAAAUGAGUGCUCUGGAAAAGUAUUUGGCCAAUCUCCGAGCGUAGUGCUGAGAUGGGACUACAUUGACCCACUUUUGUUUUAUUUGCAUGCCCAAGCUGUAAAGCAUUGAAGAGGUGGAUUUUUUAGUGCCAGUAGAAAUUCAGCAACAUUUUUUUUAACCAUUUAAGGACAUGUGAGUGAAUAUAUCUUUUCUAUAGGAUGCUUUGAUAUAUCAUAAAUUGUAUUGGGAAUAGGAAUGAAUUCAAUGUUGCCUCUGCCACUGGUUCAGACAAAUUGUGAACCAGACAUACGUUGAAAAAUCAGCUACUGGCCCAAAAGCUUAUUUGUGGUCUUUCCCUUCAAAUCAAUGCCAUAAUUCUGGCUUUGCCUUGGAUUAGGUGGAGUAUGGGUUAAACCAGACAGAAAUCAUGUGUUCAAAUUCUACAUUCAUUUUAGACUCCAAAUUAACAUCAAACACAAACUCUGAGCAUUGAUCAUCUCUUCUUGAUUAUCAUAAUAAUGGAACUAGAUCUGAAUCAAGUUGCAAAUGGGAGACACUAUCAGAAGAGAAUCUGUUUGAUUGUGUCAGAUGCUUGGGAAAGGCAUGUGCAGAGAACGUUUACAGCUUCAGUAAGGACGGCAAACUGUUAAUGUUCCCUUGGUGCUUAAGGUCAGUUGUAGUGCUGAAGGUGACUUGAAUUGAAGACAAUCAAGAUUAUGGCUGUUGGCACAUUAAAUUUGGAAGCUUUGGGAAGCAUGGUGGGUGCUAGAACAUUAGAAAAUAUGCCACACUUAGUUCCAUUCGCAUCAACAAAUGGCACUUCAAACUGUACCACAACAUCUUAAGGAGGAUUCUGAACCUUUGUGGCCUUAAAUGUAUUGAAACUGAAUUUCUGCCACUCACUCUGAGGCUGUGCACGAGCAUGCUUACCAUUAUUAAAUUCUUUGAGCGAUAAGGCUGGCUACUCUUCUCCACCAUAGUCAUGUUAAUGCCUCUGGCUUUUCAGUUUUGCUGCAUUUCCAGUUUUUCUUUGCAGACUGCAGGGGAAUUUUUAGGUGUGAAAAUAGCAAGGCUUCUGCUAAAUUGCUUGGCUCAAAGAAAAGAAUGGUAUAUGAGUGUAUCCAGAUCCAUUGUUUAUUCCUGUGUUGGUAUCUUAAUAAAAACUUGGCAUUUACUGAA